AGUAACCUUUCACAUCUCCCUGUACUUUCCCGCGCACGCACCCAUCAUCGGAAGCUGGUGGGAAUCCCACGCAGCAAUGGGCUACACAGAGGAACUCUGCCAGAUCUGCGGCGUGAGCUUUAACAUCAGCCGGAUCCGCGGCCCCGACGAACCGCGCUCUGCUGCCUUUGGCGGACAUCCGGGGUCCUGGGUGGAGGGCCGAGAUUUCCACAAUGAUGCGAGGCAGCAAGGCGGUCACGACGAUGACGAUGACGACGACGACAACAGUUCGCGCUUCCCGCCGCGGUGCUCCGAUGAAACCGGAUGUUCGAUGGUCUUUAGGGCGGAGGAGUUAGCGAUCGGUCCCCCGGCUAUGCUUGAGGACCUCUUUCUAGAUGAUGAGAGCUCGCACAGUGACCCCGACUAUAUUUAUGAAAGUGUCGGAGAGGAUGAGGAUGGGCCGCUUGAGUUUGACUCCGAUGUGGACCUGUCCGAGGGCGAGUUCAGCCAUGGCAAAAUGGAAGUCGACAGUGAAGGCGAUGACGAUGAUGAUGAGGAUGAUGACGAUGUCGGAUCAAAGGCUGAUCAAGAGUGGAUAUUCCGAGCCAAGCCUAUAAUCCCCGAAUUCGAUACCGAGUUCCUGCCAGUUGAUGCCCCAGUCACUGGUGGGCUUGACGGGGAGGAAGAUUUCAACAACCACGGUAUGCAGCCUUUGCGUCUGAUCCAGCGGCAUCACGAGCACAUCGCCGGGCCUGGUUGUGUGAAUACCGAGGGAUACCGCCCGCACGCCAUAUCCACUGAGGAGAUGCGAAACUGCCAUACCGUGCAGUGUUUGCUUCGCAAACCACGCAACUGGCAGCCAGCCGCCGCUGCGGACGACAUGAACUUUGAAAAGGACAGCGAGUAUUUCCUGACGGGACUCGCUGAUCGGAUGCCGACUGGUCUGUGGGAUAUGGAGGUUGAACCCGCGAGGUAUGGCGUUGGCGCUGGGUGGCAGUCGCAGAGUGCGUUUUAUAUUGAGACGACACAAGAGGAGCUAAACCAAACAGGGCUUCCUUUUCACCCUACAUGUUUUGAAAUCUUCAUCCAGGCCAGUAAGCAGAUUCUCGGGCGCGUUGAUAUCGACGCCCUCGUGCAGAUCCGAGACCGCGCUGCUCUGCAACAGAACGAGUUCCCCGUCACGCACCAAGAUGAUGUACGAGACGAGCAAGAGCAGGUAUGGAAACACAGCGCGGGCCGAGAAUAUCUGGUCGCGAACCCCGUCUUUAUCCCAGACUUGGCUCCAAUCGUAGCAGCGUCUAUUGUAUCAGAUGACGCAGCGUUUAGCAUACAGAAUAGCCCAUUCCCUACUACGGCGAGGCUCCACGACUCGACCAGCGCAAAAGACCCGUUUCUUUCGCUACCACCUGAGCUUAUCCACAUCAUCAUCUGGCAACUCGACUCCCCUGAUAUCGCGGCCCUCCGCCUGUCCUCUCGCGCAUUCACGCACCUCCCCAUUUCGCUCUGGCACCACCUCCUCGUGAAAGAGAUCCCCGCCCUCUACGAAGCAUGGUCGUCCGACCCGGCACCAUACUACUGGAGCACACUCCUAGCAACAGACCUUAUAAAGCAAAAGCAAGAGCGGGAAAAGUUCUUCCGCAACCUCGAAGAACCCAUCAGCAUCAUCCGCCAGGAUAUGCCCGAGAUCGCCGAGGAGUGGAUCAAAGAUGCUUCGAUGUGGCAGUGGCCUGAGGAUCCGGAUAGAGCAGAGAUGUUGAAGCUUAGUCCGAUUCGCCUGCCGUAUGAGCGGACGAAUUGGUAUCAGCUGUAUAGGGAUAUUACGGGGAAUAGGGAGUCUUUGAAGGGGUUGAAGAAUAGAGUAAGGAUUUGGGAUGCUGUGGUGCAGAUUAUUGAUGCAAUUCAGGCGUUUCGCGGGGAGGAAGUGUUAACUUAGUGGGUGCAUCCGUCUUGGUUCGGUACUAGAGUCCAGAGACCCGAGAUAUAGGCAGACACAUAGAAAUGGGAGAAACAUUGAAAGACAUGUACGCUACAUAUGCCUCCGAACAAACCGUCCAUUCGGCAC